AUGUUGCUUCUCGACUACCAAAACGUCCUCAUCGAGUCGCUGCUGAAGGACCGCUUCUCGCCGGACUCGACUCCUUCUUCAAUCGACCAAGUGGUCUCCGACUUCGACAACGUCACCUUCCACAUCUCCACACCCAACUCCAAGACCCAGAUCCUCAUCUCAAUCGCUGUCAAGUGCUACCCUGAGCUCGUAAAGUACGGCGCAGAUGCAGUGCUACAGCGCGAAUACGGUCCAUACAUCGUCUCGCCUGAGCAGGGCUAUGACUUCUCCGUCCAAGUCGACCUCGAGAACCUACCAGCCGAGCAAGAAGAGAAGGAUGACUUGAUCAGACGGAUAAGCUUGCUGAAGCGAAAUGCCAUGGCAGCUCCCUUCGAGCAGGCGUUUGACGAGUACUCCUCAUUAGCAGAACAAGCGAGCCACUACACGAGCGAGACAGCACCACAGGGUGUGAGGGAAGGUGGUGAGGUGCGGGCGAUACACUACCGGGAUGAGGAGGCCAUCUAUGUCAAGGCAUCACACGAUCGCGUGACUGUGAUCUUCAGCACGGUCUUUUCAGAUGAGACAGACCGGAUCUACGGCAAGGUGUUCCUUCAAGAGUUUGUGGAUGCAAGACGGAGAGCUAUCCAGAACGCGCCACAAGUACUCUUCCGUAAUGAUCCACCACUCGAGCUCCAAGGCAUUCCUGGCCUACAGAGUGGGAAGGACAAGAUUGGGUACAUCACGUUCGUUCUCUUCCCACGCCAUCUCACUCCACAGCGCCGAUACGAGGUCAUCUCUCACAUUCAGACGUUCCGCGACUACUUCCACUACCACAUCAAGGCCAGCAAAGCAUACAUCCACAGCAGGAUGAGGAAGAGGACGGCAGACUUUCUUCAAAUCCUGCGGAGAGCGCGACCAGAGGCGGAGGAGAAAGAGAGAAAGACGGCGAGUGGACGGACUUUCAGAGUACAAGCAUAG